CAGCCGGACCAGAGAGGCGGAGACUACAGCGCCGGCGUCGCACGGCAGGAGAGGGAGACGCAGCCGGAAAAAGGCGCAGACUUUGACUUGCUGGUGUCCGGUGGGAGUGAGAUACGCCGGUACAGAGCCAUGGCACCGAGCUGCUACGACGUGGCCGCGUCCAUGCUCCUCUGCGCCGAGGAGCACAGCAGCAUCCUGUGUUUUGAGGAGGAGGAGGAGGAGUUGGAGGCGGUCGGGAGAAAGAGAGGCCGGUCGCCGGGCUAUGGGGACGAUUUCGGCGUGGAUUUGUUCCCGCCGCAGACGGAGGAAUGCGUGGCCGGUCUGGUGGAGCGGGAGCGGGAGCACAUGCCUAGGGCGGACUAUGGCCAGAGGCUGCGCGGCGACGGCGUCGAUCUCUGCGUCCGCCAGGAGGCCAUCGACUGUAUUUGGAAGGUCUACACAUACUACAACUUUCGUCCUCUUACUGCCUACUUGGCAGUGAACUAUCUCGAUCGUUUCCUCUCACUGUACAAGCUGCCGGAAGGCAAGGGCUGGAUGACACAACUCCUUUCGGUGGCGUGUGUUUCUCUGGCUGCCAAGAUGGAGGAAACCGCCGUCCCGCAAUGUCUGGACCUUCAGGUCGGAGAUGCACGUUUUGUGUUCGAGGCGAAGACGAUCCAGAGAAUGGAGCUCCUUGUUCUAACCACCCUCAACUGGAGGAUGCAGGCCGUGACACCUUUCUCCUAUGUGGAUUACUUCCUAAACAGGCUCAGUGGCGGCAAUGCGGCCCUAAGAAAUUGCCUGUUUCAAUCCGCGGAGCUUAUCUUGUGUGCAGCUAGAGGAACCAGCUGCAUAGGGUUUAGGCCGUCUGAGAUCGCGGCCGCAGUUGCAGCUGCUGUGGUCGGAGAAGUGGACGUUGCAGGCAUUGAGAACGCCUGCGCCCACGUAGAUAAGGAGAGGGUGUUGCGGUGCCAGGAGGCGAUCCAGUCCAUGGCGUUCCCUGUGCCUGUGCCGCAGAGCCCUGUGGGGGUGCUGGACGCGGGCUACCUCAGCUACAAGAGCGAAGACGAUGCCGCGGCAGCAGCGACUGCUGCUUCACAUGGGGCCUCUGGCUCUUCAAGCUCCUCUCCGGUGACCAGCAAAAGGAGAAAACUCACCAGCCGAUGAUGGGUUGCAGUGACCUGCCAAACCGCGCCACUCGUCUCCGUGAUGUGUGAAGUGCAACGACGCUGGUGAUGUGUGAAGUGCCUUAGCGGCAAAAAGACGGGAUUUUGACAUGUCGAGGGGGGCAAGAAGUUGAUGAAUAAAGGUGUGAGGUGGACAACACCUAAAUUGCUGAGCUCUUCUUUGCAAGCACCGGAGGAGGUAGACAGCCAGCACAAACUUGGUGUGCCACAAAGGGCGCACCAUUGCUUUGUAGGAACACAAAGCUGGAGGGAGAUCGAUGAGAUGAUCAGAAUAAAGAUGGUGUAGUCCUGGAGUGGGCCAGAUCGUAGGCAAUAAUAUCUACAAGAACUAGGCACACUGACCAGCCUAUGUUGGAGUAUCUGAUAAAUUGCUUUAGUAGGUUCUAGUAUUCUUUCUUUCUUUAGUUUCAUCCUGAAGAGAAUCUCGGUGACCGAGAAAUGUAUGUGACAAAAUAAGAGAAGUCGACACUGAUGAUUAAAC